CGAGCCUGUGAGGGUUUAGGUUGCGUUGGAGAGAGAUUGUGCGCGCCUGGUCAGAGCUUCUCGAUUAUACUAACGCGACUAUUCCGAAAUGGCUGACCAACUGACAGAAGAGCAGAUUGCAGAGUUCAAAGAAGCCUUCUCAUUAUUCGACAAGGAUGGGGACGGCACCAUCACCACAAAGGAACUUGGCACCGUUAUGAGGUCGCUUGGACAAAACCCAACGGAAGCAGAAUUGCAGGAUAUGAUCAAUGAAGUCGAUGCUGAUGGCAAUGGAACGAUUGACUUUCCUGAAUUUCUUACUAUGAUGGCUAGAAAAAUGAAGGACACAGACAGCGAAGAGGAAAUCCGAGAAGCAUUCCGUGUUUUUGAUAAGGAUGGGAACGGCUACAUCAGCGCUGCUGAAUUACGUCACGUCAUGACAAACCUCGGGGAGAAGUUAACAGACGAAGAAGUUGACGAAAUGAUAAGGGAAGCAGAUAUUGAUGGUGACGGCCAAGUAAACUACGAAGAGUUUGUACAAAUGAUGACAGCAAAGUGAAGAGUGUACAGAAUGUGUUUAAAUCUCUUGUACAAAGAUGUUUAUCUGCCUUUAUUUGUUUGUAACUUAUCUGUAAAAUGUUCCCUUACUGUCAAAAAAAAUGCAUGUUUAGUAAUUUAGAAUUCCAUCCAUGUUUCCCAUCUUGUCAUAUUUUUUUUUUCUUCCCUCCCCCCACCUAUUUGGUUUAUUUCGUUUUUUUUUUUUAAUCCAAGUAUCUAUUCUGCUUGUUGGAAUGUGGAGUAAACAACUCUAUAAAAACUACAGAUCAUUAACAAUAUUGAACUUACGUUGCACUAAUGCAAAACUGGUAAAUCCAGGUCUCGUACACAAUUUAUAUUUUUUUUCACCUCUUCUCAAUGCCCCCCCCCCAAUCCUUCUCCAGACCUGUGUACGGACCCCUCACAAUGCUUUAUUUUCUUAACUGCAUUCACUGGCGAGAGCUUUGCAAAACUGUCACCCUGCUGCAGAGUUUCUCUGCCAGUUAGAGAAAAAAAAAAGUUACUUUUUUUUUUUUUUUUUUUUUUUUUUUAGCCACUUCCUUCCUUAAACCUGCUUAUGGCACAAUUUGCCUCAAAUCCAUUCCAAGUUGUAUAUUUGUUUUCCAAUAAAAAAAGACAAUU